GGGCUAGUCUUUCGAAAAUGUCUUCAGUAUUGCGUGAUGAUAUAAGUGUAAAUUGCUUGCAGUGCAGUCUGACCUUUUAAUGCUUCUCUAGCUAGUUAGCUAUCAUCAGGAGCUAGUUAUAUACUCACACUGCUAUGUUGAAAUCCCUUUGUAGCAUUUCUGCAGCCGCAGAACAAGGUUGUCCGUAGAGAAGAGAGUAACAUAUUUGAGCUUUAUGUAAUAACUGGUCCUGAAGUGAUGUAGAAAAAGACAAAACGUAGGGUAAAGAUGUAGUCGGCUGUUACACAACCAUGUUGGUUUCGUUUGGUUUCCUAACUGUCCAGUUCAACUUUAACCUCAUGACGUCACAGAAACAUAGCGAAGGAAAACAUUUUUUUGUAUAUGAUGGACUUAAAACACAAUACUUAAAAGACCUAUCAUAAAUAUGUAUUUUGUAUUAUUUUUCUAAAUUGUAUUAUCUCGAGACGGGACGAGAUGGUUGGUGCAUGUUUUGGGUCCUAGCGUAUCCCGCAUGGGCGGUCACGCUCUUCCCUCUAGGCCAGCAGUGAUGCAUAACCAGUAAAGCACCGCCCAUCCGCCAUACAGUGUGUUUUAAAUUCAACUAACCAGGAAAAGAUGAUCCACUGGUGUGUGGAUGUGUAAUAAGAACGGUGUGGUCACUGAAGUUAAUCAGUCACCCAAAGUACUGACUUCAUAUUGCUUCCAAUUCACUGAUGUGUUCGCAUGAAUCAAGAGAAAGUUGAUCUGAAAGGCUGUGAGGAUGGCUGAGAGUUUUUUGAUGGAGGCUUGUGUUGACUCCGUGGAGUCUGCUAUCAAUGCUGAACGAGGAGGUGCAGGUCGACUUGAAAUGUGUUCUAGUCUUCUGGAGGGAGGGCUCACUCCCAGUCUAGGUCUGCUGCAGGUAGUGAAGCAGUAUGUAAAAAUCCCAAUCUACGUGAUGAUACGGCCUCGUGGGGGGGACUUCCUCUACUCAGACCAGGAAGUGGAGGUGAUGAGAAAGGACAUCGAGCUGAUGAAGAGCCACAGGGCUGACGGACUAGUGCUGGGAGCCCUCACAGAGGAUGGACGGGUGGACGCAGAGCUCUGUAUGGAGUUACUGGCUGCUGCUCGACCUUUACCAUGCACCUUCCACCGAGCGUUUGACAUGGUUCACGACCCAGUGGUUGCUCUGGAGACUCUGAUAUCAUUGGGGUUUGAGCGUCUGUUGACAAGCGGCUGUGAGAACUCUGCUUUGGAGGGACUCCCUCUCAUCAAGCGACUUGUUGAUCAGGCGAAGGGGAGAAUUGCCAUCAUGCCAGGAGGAGGUAUCACUGAAAGGAACCUUCAGAGAAUUUUAGAGGGAUCGGGCGCUCAAGAGUUUCAUGGCUCUGCUCGCUCCAGUAGGGAUUCUGGCAUGAAAUUCAGGAACACCUGUGUGACAAUGGGAGCAGCUUUCUCAGCACCUGAGUACGGCCUGAAGGUGACGGAUGCCAACAAGGUCCGCACUCUAAAUGCAAUAGCCAAAAAUACCUUAUGAAUUCAACAAUUCAACAAUGACUCGAAAACAAAUCAGAUACCUCAAAAGCAAUGAUGAGUAACUCUGCUGAUAUGUCAGAAAUUAGUUUACUUAAGUCCUGAAUAGGUAGACAUUUGGAACUUUAUUUUUCUCCUUUUUUAUAAUCACUGAUCAAACUGUCUUUGUAAAGUUAGAGCUCAGGGAGAGCCCUUCAACCUUAUGUGAUAUGCGAUAUCUCACAGUGAGGAAUAAUUAAUAAUGUAUCUUUUUUAUAAGGAGAUAUAGUGUAGUAUUAUACACAAUAGAUUGCCAAAUCAAAAAUUAGAAACAUUUCUCAAUGCUGUUUUCCCACUGCCAUAUAACGCACCUUUGUGACCACCUGUACAAUAUUUCGUUCAAAACUGAAACAGUGUGACUUGAUUCAGUUUGCUCAAUAUUCAAUUAAAGUUCAAAACAAUUGAACAAU